AUGUGGAACAAGAAGGUGAGAGAAGAUUCGAUUCCCGCUGCGGAGAGAGUCUAUUGUCCAUACCCCAACUGCUCAAUGUUGAUGUCCAAAACCGAGCUUUCGAGCUCUGCUGGCUCUGACCAGUCCAGUGUUCGGGAAUGUGUCAAAUGCAAUGGGCUGUUUUGCAUGGAUUGCAAAGUACCAUCGCAUACCGAUUUGUCGUGUGCUGAUUACAAGAAACUUCACCCUGACACUUUAGUUGAUGACAUGAAGCUAAAGUCUCUUGCAGAGGACAAGAAGUGGCGUCUAUGUGUCAAGUGUAGGAACAUGAUUGAACUUUCUCAUGGCUGCAACCACAUGACUUGCAGAUGUGGGUAUGAGUUUUGCUACAAAUGCGGGACUGAAUGGAACAAGAACAAGCAGAGUUGUCCUUCUGGUUGCCAACUUACUGGCCUUGGUGAUUAUGAUAUUGAAGACGAUGAUGACUCAGAACAUACUUGCGAAACGGAUAUGUGUCAAUGCUAUUACGAUGAAAAUGGUCGUCGUUUUCGUAACUAUGAAGAAUAUAUUGAUCGCCAAAUAGUGCAAGUUUUUCUGCUCUCUUAUUACAAGUCAUUUGAUUCGUAUAACUCCAUUGGAUUCUUGUAUUUGAUUUAUGUUGGUUCUUGCAGCGAUUAUCCCAUGCCGCCGCUUCCCCCGCUUCCCCCGGGUGAGGUGCAGGAGUAUGAGCAGUUUGACAUUGUAGAAGGGAAUGGUGACGACUAUGAUGAUGAUUACUACAAUUAUGGAGGUUUAACUGAAUCUGACGAUGAAGGAGGGUUUAGUGAGGCCUUUUUCAUAGAUUAUUAUUCUCUUUAA